AUGGAUAUGGGUGAUUGCUGCAAACAGGUUUUUUCCUCACUAUCAAUGGAUACUAUGGACAUUUUAAAUCGCUCUCAAAGGGACAAAUCCUUCUGGGAGUCAUGCAGGCAAUUUAGAAUUACCGGAAGCCGAUGCUAUGGUCUAUAUACAUUUCACAAAACUCCAAAAACAGAUGCUCAAUGGUCACUAAAAGCUAGCCGAUAUUUAUGGCCAAAGUCAUUUACAAACAAAUUUGUAAAACAUGGUAUUCAAUAUGAAAGUGCUGUUAGAAAUGUAUAUGCUAAAAAUACCAACCAAACAGUAUUAGAGUGUGGGCUAGUAACUAACCCCAAUAAUCCAUGGUUAUACACCAGACGGAGUUAUUGUUGA